AUGUGCGUGUGGGUGCAGGCGGGCGAGCGAGCGGCUUCUACAGUGAGACCGAAGCAGGAGCUCAGCCUUCGCCUGCGACCUGCAAUCCCCAGAUUCCCUGGGGACCUCGAAACUCCCAAUCGGAGGUACUCCCCCCCCACAGCCGCCCACCCAUUCCCUCCCCCCUUACCUCAGCACGCAGCCCCUCCCUGCGUGAUGAUGCAAAACCGUGGGGAGGUGCUGGGCUGUUGGAGAGCUCGAGCUGCAAGCCACCGAGCGCGAGCUCGAGCGCGGCGCGCUGGCCGGGGAACCCAAGAGCGCACGGCGCCCCAAGCUGGCAGGCGCCGCGGGACCCCCCACCCUCGCCGGCUGCCCUUCCCCGGGCGCCCCUACCCUCCUCGCCCGCAGGAGACCCUGGGCUUCCCCGGAGGAGCUCACCCCAAGGGGCCAGGACUCCGGCGAGCCCGCCACCGUCCCCUCGAGUGCCGCCGCCACCACCGCAGCCGCGGGAGCAGUAUGGUCCAGUUGGGGAAGCUGCUCCGCGCCCUGACUUUGAUGAAGUUUCCCUGCUGCGUGCUGGAGGUGCUUCUGUGCGCGCUGGCGGCGGCGGCGCGCGGCCAGGAGAUGUACGCCCCGCACUCCAUUCGGAUCGAGGGGGACGUCACCCUCGGGGGGCUGUUCCCGGUGCACGCGAAGGGUCCAAGCGGAGUGCCCUGCGGCGACAUCAAGAGGGAGAACGGGAUCCACAGGCUGGAAGCGAUGCUCUACGCCCUGGACCAGAUCAACAGCGAUCCCAACCUGCUGCCCAACGUGACGCUGGGAGCGCGGAUCCUGGACACUUGUUCCAGGGACACUUAUGCGCUCGAACAGUCGCUCACUUUCGUCCAGGCGCUCAUCCAGAAGGACACCUCCGAAGUGCGCUGCACCAACGGCGAGCCUCCGGUUUUCGUCAAGCCCGAGAAAGUAGUUGGAGUGAUUGGGGCUUCGGGGAGUUCGGUCUCCAUCAUGGUAGCCAACAUCCUGAGGCUUUUCCAGGUUGAUGGGCGCUACGGGAUAAGGAAAAGGAUGUAAAGUUCACUGAAGAGGCUUGGGUUGGGAGUGCUGGAGGAGUGUACAGGUGGGGAAAAUGUACCAGCGUGUAUGCCUACUGGGACCACGUUUUCCAGAACAGUUAAGCCCAGUGUCAACUGUGCUGUCCCACCUUCCUCAUUUCUGUGUGUGUGUGUCCCCAUGAUGAAAACAUCAUUAAAGUAAAAUAUCAUGAAUAGACUCUUAAGAAGCAGAGUCUACUGAAAGUCCUGGAAAAUAUGAAAGCACUAAUAUUCAUGGACAACUCUACACUCUGAAAGUUACUCCAAAUGUUGUUGAUCUCUCUUUUGUCUAGGAGUUUUUCAAAUUUUCUACCAUGAUCAUUUGUUAGUUUUAUAAUUACAUAAUAAAGGCAUUACAUCAUACAA